AUGGGGAGGUAUGCUGUGGCCAUCGUCUUUCUGCUUCUAGCAGUUUGCUCUGUCAAGGGCGCCAGCAACGGCUCAUGCGUCAAGUUGCUCCUUCCUGAGGCAGAUCUGGUGAACAAGUUUCUGAUCAACAAUUGCACAAAGUGCACGAACCCUCUUUUCAAGGGAAUUCCUAGGCCUCUUCAGGUGAUCAAGUGCCAGCCAAAGCUCGUGCAGGAGAAGAGGUUUGGACCUGCCUAUGACUUCUACCAGGUUGAGGCACCAAGCAGCGCAUGCGAGCACCCCCCGCCUGUGGAGACCACCGAGCAUCAUCACCAUAUGAAAGAGAUCCUUCCGGAGACGACCAUCGAGCGGAUGGGGCCGGUUGACCUGCCAGACCCUUCGCAAGGACUCAACCAGUUCCUGGAAGAUUCGGACGCGAGUCUGCGCCUGGAGCUGUGCAAGAAGUCAAAGAUGAGCUUCUACGUGGGGUUUCCAGACAGUUGCAAACAGCUGGGGAGUCCGUACGGCAGACUUGAGGCACCUGUGAAGAGUGGGGCGCGGUCUAAAUCGAAGUCGUUCUUUCUCGCUUGGAUUCAAGCAGCAGGGCUUAUCUGCAUUUACCUGAGCGGAUAUUGGUUCAUCAUUCUUAGCCUCUCCGGAAAUGCUGUCCUUCUUAACCUUCUUCUCGGGGUAUACACGCUUGAGCAGCUGAAGGACGUCUCCUUUUCGCUGCACGCCGUUCUGCUUUCGGUUAGAGAGUAUGUUGAGGCCACAAAACCCGACAGGUGGAGUCGCGCUAAUAUUCCGCGAAGAAGUGGAUGUCGCUUUUGGAAGGGAAGUGCGUAG